AUGGAGAGCCAUCCCGAAGAUGCGAAGUGCAUUUUCUGCAAGAUUAUCAAUGGCGAGCUUCCCUCCCAUACCGUGAUGGAAAAUGAGAAGGUGGUGGCCUUCCUGGACAUAAACCCGCUGCACCCUGGCCACACACUCAUCGUGCCAAAGGGACACUACGCCAGCCUUGACCAGCUGCCCGCUGCACUUGCCGCUGCGUGCAUGGAGGUGGCGCCUGCCAUCGGCGGAGCGCUGAUGAAGGCCACCGGGACUCAGGCCUUCAACAUCAUCCAGAACAACGGCAAGAUCGCUGGGCAGGAGGUGUUCCACGUGCAUUUCCACGUCGUCCCGCGAUCCGCCGGCGACGCCAUGUCGGGCUCCUGGUGCAAGUGGCGAGCUCAAUCGCUGGCCAACCGUGACGCCAAGAUGCUACUCCGCUCCAUCUCCGAGUUCCUUCCUGCCACAACGCAAGGAACGCCCAGCGCCCAGCCAUCUCCUCCCUCGCAGCCGCCCGCAUAG